CGUGGUGGUGUUUUUUUUUGUUAAUGCAGGAGCAGAGUUCAGGAUUGCACGGACCUCCUUUUCCCCUUUUCUGUGCGUUUCUGCACGCGGGUUCAGAACAAGAGGUGCAUUGCACGCACGCGCGCGCGUGUGUGUUUUCUAUUAUAUGUGCAUGCGUGGUAUCAGCAAGAGGUCAAAUUUAUUCGCCUUUUACCCUCUGUGCUCACAAGGGUGAUUUCUACCCGUGAAGUUGGCUGAAAUUCGCGUGCGCCGCCGCGAUAGAAAAAGCAGAUCACUGCGAAUCUACGUUCUGCACAAAAAAACAUGUACAAAAAGAAAGAAAAGAAAAUCUAGUGCCGGGACGGGUUUUUAGCAGGCUAAGCUACACGGCUAGUUGCUGCUACUGUAGCCGCACGGUGGGGACCGAGUUGUACGCGCGCGCGCGCACGCACGCGCGAGGAGAGCGCGGAGCACGCUGCUCACAAACCGGCCUGCAUUUGCACACAAAAAAACCGGGAGCUUUUACUUCUGCUUCUAAGGUUUGUUUCGGGUGGAAGCGGUUGCUGAUGGGAAGUGUGUCCGAGGCAUCUGCAGCUUUUAAUUAAAGUGUGCGGGUGUUUUUUUUUUUUGUUGGUUUUUUUUGAAGGCCCACGUACAUCCGCCAACUUGUUUCUUGUACUUGAAGCCGCGAGGAUUAAAUGGGAGUUGGAAUUGUGGCAUUACAACCUUUUUCAAUGAAAAGACUUGAGUUUGAGCUUUCUGUGUGUGCGCGAAUUGAGUUUAGCCUCCUUAUUUUUUUUUUCAUUGCUCGUAUCAUAGGAAGUAGCACCCAGCUGACCCAGAAAACAUAAAUCAAUGCUUCCGUGAAAAAUAGGACAUUUUUUCGAGCUUCAAUUGGGAGGUUGUUUCCUUUGAGAUAUUCCACAACUGGAGUUCUUCUCUUUUUUUCUUCUUCACUGCAUCACAGGAUUUAACCAUCAAAUGAACUGCGGUGCUGCUGAUUACCCUCCAAAUAAAGACACAUAGAUUUUUUUUUUUCCUCCUUCUUCUUGAAAUGCUCGUGGCUGCAUCAGGAGGUCUGGUAUAAAAAGCCCACAGUGGCCACUUCACUAUCAGUCAGGGAGGUCAGGCAGGAGGGAAGCUCAGGGGUUGAGCUCAAGGAGACGCACAAAGAGAAGCCCGUGUGUCGUGGUCGAGUCGGUCAGCGGGUCGCUGCUGCUCCUGCUAGAAGACUUUCGCUGGGCUUCUCGAGCGGCUCUGAAAGGAUGACCGCCGCGCGGUCCCGGUGAAACGAACGGCGUCUCAUGUCCCAAACGGCGGAAGGAUGGCUCAUGGCAAAGUGACCAUCGCGGUGGACGAGUACAGCUCCAACCCCACGCAGGCCUUCACACACUACAACAUCAACCAGAGCCGCUUCCAACCUCCACACGUCCACAUGGUGGACCCCAUUCCGUACGACAAUCCCAAGCCAGCGGGACACACCAGGUUUGUGUGCGUGUCUGACACACACUCGCGCACGGACGGCAUCCAGAUGCCCUACGGCGACGUGCUGCUGCACACGGGCGACUUCACCGAGCUGGGCCUUCCCUCCGAGGUCAAGAAGUUCAACGACUGGCUCGGUGGCCUGCCGUACGAGUUCAAGGUGGUGAUCGCCGGCAACCACGAGCUGACCUUCGAUAAGGACUUUAUGGCCGAGCUGGUCAAGCAGGAUUACUACCGAUUCCCUUCGGUGUCCAAACUCAAACCGGAGGACUUUGACAAUGUCCAGACGCUGCUCACGAACUGUGUGUACCUGCAGGACUCGGACGUCACCAUAAAGGGAUUCCGGAUAUACGGGGCGCCAUGGACCCCGUGGUUUAACGGCUGGGGGUUCAACCUGCCUCGGGGUCAAUCUCUGCUGGAUAAAUGGAACCUCGUCCCCGAAGGCAUCGACAUCCUGAUGACCCACGGACCUCCGCUCGGUUUCAGAGACUGGGUUCCUAAGGAGCUGCAGCGGGUCGGCUGUGUGGAGCUGCUCAACACGGUCCAGAAGAGGGUGCGACCCAAACUUCACGCCUUCUGAGGCAUACACGAAGGCUACGGGAUCAUGACGGACGGCUACACGACGUUCAUCAAUGCGUCGACUUGCACCGUCAGCUUCCAGCCCACCAACCCCCCCAUCGUGUUCGACCUGCCCAACCCCUCCAGCUCCUGAGACCAGAGGACAGCGGAGGAGGGGACCGGGGGGGAGGGGGACAAAAAAACGACUUUCUUUUCUAUAAAUAUGUCCAGUUGAAAAAAAGAAGAAAAAAAAAAGUACUAAGUGUUUUUUUGCAAACUUCUCCAAGCUGUCAUUGAGAAUGGGGGGAAUUUGGGGGGGGGGGUUAAAGGAGAACACCGGUGGUCUUUUUGUUGUCUUUAUUUCUAGUUGUGCUAACAAUGCUGUGUUCCCCCUCGGAUUUCUGUUUUUUUUGUUUUUUUUCCUACACACAUUCUCGUUGAGUCCGAAAAAACCCACUUCCACAUUUCUACAUCGACGGUCCACUUCCUGUUGAACAGCCUCACACAGGAAGUCACCCCGCCAAAAUAAGUUGCCUUAGUGCAGACGAGAAGAGAGCGUGGACACGGCUGUUCUUUUUGCGACGAUGAUGCCAUCAAGUUAUUUUCUAAUAAGCUGAUUUUCUGGACAUGAAAUCAAUGUUUCGGUUCAGUUACACACUUCAUAUCUGAUUCCUUCCUGACGUCAUUUAAUGAUCGCAAGAAAAGACAAUAUUCACGCUGUGAAUGUGCUAAAAAAAAAAAAAAAAAAAGCGAACAAGUCAACAGAAGUGUGCCAUGCAAAAUGUAUUCGGGGAACAACAGUCGCCAGUGGCACCGGUAUUCUCCUUUUUUGAGGGACUUUUGUGGUUAAACAAUCUUGCUCUUGAUAUUAAUAUUGGUCAGAUCUGUAAGAUAAAUGAUGCUUUGUGAAUUUGUACAAUUUCUUUGUGUUUGGUUUGCAUUGGCCGGACAAUGGAUGCCAUUGCUUCAUGGUGUAUCAUCUGAUAUUUUUGUGUUUAGCUCUUUUUUUUUUUUUGCAUUGUUUUUCUCGUCAGUUCCUCUUCUCUUAUUGGCUGACAGGGACGCUGCCUUAAACUAGCUUUAAUGUUCUCAGCUAGAGCCCCACUCUCUGCGAGCUCAGAGAGAGUCCUUAUUUAUUACCCCGCAAAACAACAGCUGACUAACGCAGGGACGGAAAGCUACCGAAAAAACAGCCCGGAAAACUCCCCUUGUAACACCUCGCUACGGAUUCCUGAUCUAAUUUGGAAAAUGUAUGUAUAAAAAAUAUAUAUAUAUUAUAUAUUCAUGUUGUAAAACAUCUGUACUAAAAGUUGUGGUUGACGGAAAAAAAAUAUGAUCUGGUGCAUUUUUCUUUUUUUCUGUGCGCGCCUGUACAAUUGACUUGUUUCUUUAACGCUCCCAUCGGACGCCCUUCAUGCGUUUGUAUAAUGUUUUUUGUAUCGACUCGCCCAGUGGGGGUGGACGUUCAUUUCGGAUGAGAGAGGAAGAAUUCGUCACAAUCCAACAGGUGCCGCUUGUACCCAACAACACGCCUGCCUAAGCCUGGUAAAGUUGUCCUUAAAAGUGUAACUGAUAGUAUUUGUGUUUUUAAUUGCUUUCUUUUUCUAAUUUUGCACUGUGUGUAAAUGCAAUCUUGCUAGCACAAAAAAAAAAUGUUGCCAAUAGUUGUCUCAACUUUGCCGCUGUAAAUGCUCUUUCUGUUCCUCUCGCUCUUUCUGAUUGUAUCCCUCUUCAUGGAAAUGUUAGUUCUCUCUUUCAGUUCAUUGUGAUAUAUUUAGCUGCCUUUAUAUGCAAAUAAAAUUGCAAGAUUUUUACUUA